AUGAACUUGAUGAAGAUCACAACACUCCUUCUGGACUGCGACAAUACUCUUGUCCAGCCCGAGUCUAUUGCUUUCGAAGCAAGUGCCGAUCUCACCAAUGAGAUACUCGCUGCCCGAAAAGUCGAUCUGAGCUUUACGGGAAGCUAUUUGCAACUCGAGUUCGUUGGACAAAACUUCCAAAACAUGAUCCUCGCUAUUGAGGCCAAGUUCAAUGUUUCAUGCAACAUCUCGGACAAGGAGCUGGAGCACUAUGUCAGCAUGGAAGACGACCGCGUCAUCUCCAAGCUUAUGCAAAACCUGGAACUAUGUGACGGCGCUAAUGCUGAAUUGGAGCGUCUCAAGGGGCACUAUCGACUCGCUGUUGUAUCUUCAUCAGCGCUGCGUCAUGUGCGCGCGUGUUUUGACAAGGCUGGGCAGGCCAACUUCUUUGAUCCAAGUGACGUCUUCAGCGCUGUAGACUCGCUUCCUGUUCCCACGUCAAAGCCUGAUCCGGCCGUGAAUCUUCAUGUGCUUAAAGUGAUGGGCAAAGGCGCCAGUGAGUGCGUUGCAGUUGAGGACAGCCGCUCUGGUGCAACCUCUGCUCAGCGCGCUGGUAUCAUUACGGUUGGCUACACAGGUGCUUGUGAGACGCCCGAAGAGGCAGAUGCACUCUGUAUAGUUCUGGGGAACGCUGGCUGUCACUUUGUCAUGAGUAGUUGGGACGAGUUUCCAGAUAUUCUGCGCAAGAUUAAGACGCACCUCAUGGAAUGA